AUGGCAAGAAAGUGGCAAAAGAUAGCAGCUGCGAGCAGGAAGAGAAUCUCUUGGCCACGACCAGUGGCUAACGAGGGUCACUUUGUCGUCUACACAGCAGAUGGAAAAAGAUUUAUGAUUCCUUUGACAUAUCUAAAGAGCGCGAUUUUCAUAGAGCUUUUCAGAAUAGCCGAGGAGGAGUUUGGAGUGACAAGUUCAGGGCCAAUAACGCUUCCAUGUGAUUCAAAUUUCAUGGAGUACAUAGUCUCUAUGAUCCAAAGACGUGUAGCUGAAGACUUGGAAAUGGCAUUAAUUAUGUCUUUAGCUACCUGCAGAUACUCAUCAUUGUCACAUGAACAUCAAGAACACACUAAUCCACAAAUGUUUUUUGAUUUGCCUCGGCCCUUCAGAAUCUCAUUGCAGCUGGAAUUGCCGAAAGAUGUCCAUCACUUUACUCAAUUUUUAAAAUUUCAUCUUCAUUUACCAACUAAUGAAGAGCAACCUUGUGGCGGGACUAAAUAA